AUGCGCCCGAAGGAGCAGGGGCAGGGCUGCGCCGGCGAUGGGCCGGAGUCCGGCCCCGGCCCCGGCCCUGGGGAUCCAGCAGCCGUCAUCCCCGAACCCCCGCCCGCAGCCGGCCCCGCUCCAGAGCCCUCGGCCGAGCCCGAACCCAGCCCCGCGCAGGCACCGGGGGCCGGACCCGGAGCAGCCUCCGGGCCCCAGUCCGGGACCAAGUCCCGAGCCCAGCGCGCGGCUGCAUUUUGGGCCGAACACGGGGACGCGCCCUGGACCCGCUUCGUGUUUCAAGGGCCUUUUGGUCCCCGGGCCACGGGCCUGGGAAGUGGGAAGGCUGCGGGCAUCUGGGAGACGCCGGCCGCCUACAUUGGCCGGCGGCCCGGGGUGUCUGGUCCUGAGCGCGCCGCUUUCAUCCGGGAGCUGCAGGAAGCGCUGUGCCCUAACCUACCCCCAGCCAAGAAGAUCACCCAAGAUGAUAUCAAAGUGAUGCUGUAUUUGCUGGAGGAGAGAGAGCGGGACCUGAACACGGCGGCUCGCAUCGGCCAGUCCCUGGUGAAACAGAACAGUGUGCUCAUGGAGGAGAAUAGCAAGUUGGAAGCCAUGCUGGGCUCAGCCAGGGAGGAGAUUUUACACCUCAGACAGCAGGUGAACUUGAGAGAUGAUCUCCUUCAGCUCUACUCAGACUCUGAAGAUGAGGAGGAAGAGGAGGAGGAGGAGGAGGAAGAGGAAGGAGAGGAAGAGGAGGAGGAGGAGGAGGAAGAAGAAGAGGAGGAGGAGGAGGAGGAGGAAGAAGAAGAGGAACAGGAGGAAGAGGAGGCUCGGAGGCAUGACCAUCCCUAUGACGCCCCCAGGCCGCCCUCUCCAGAGGAGUCGCUGCACCACUGCCCACAGCUGGAGGCCCUGCAGCGGAAGCUGAGGCUGCUGGAGGAGGAGAAUGACCAGCUGCGGGAGGAGGCCUCUCACCUGGACACCCUGGAGGACGAGGAGCAGAUGCUCAUCCUGGAGUGCGUGGAGCAGUUUUCUGAGGCCAGCCAGCAGAUGGCUGAACUGUCCGAGGUGCUGGUGCUCCGGCUGGAAAACUACGAGCGGCAGCAGAAGGAGAUCACUCAGCUGCAGGCCCAGAUCGCGAGGCUGCAGCAGCGCUGCCAGUCGUAUGGGGCCGAGACAGAGACCCUGCAGCAGCAGCUGGCUUCAGAGAAGGGGAUGCAGAGGGCCAGGGCAGGCAAGAGUGUUGGGUCCCAGCAGCUGCACGACGUGCGGGACAAGUACUCGGACUGCAGGGCCACGCGCCAGGAGGAGGUGAAGACCUUCCGCCCGCAGCCCCCGAUGUCCACCGGGUCGGUCACCCACUUCGCGUACAGCCUGCCGCUGGGAGCACUUUCUGGCCUCCCAGCGUCCCUGGUUGAUGAGCUCAAAAUAUCUAUCGGGAGGAUGGUCUCAGACCCCACGUAUUUUACCGACAGGAGUUCUAGAAUGGCCAGGGGGGAGACACCAAACCAGGGGGAGGAGCGAGUGCAGGCACAGGGCUACAGGGCCGAGGAGGAGGAAGAAGAGGAAGAGGAGGAAGAGGAGGAGGAGGAAGCUGUGCCUGUGGAUUUCAAGCCCACGGGGGAGCUGAUCCCCGAGGAGGAGCUGGGGGCCGCAGAGGAGGCGGUGCCGGCCGAGGAAGGGGCGGCUGAGGAGGCGGAGCUGCUGUCCGAGGACACGGAGGCCUGGGAAGAGGUGGAGCCGGAGCUGGAUGAGGCCACGCGGAUGAACGUGGUCACGUCAGCCCUGGAGGCCAGCGGCCUGGGCCCUUCGCACCUGGACAUGAAGUAUGUCCUCCAGCAACUGGCCAACUGGCAGGACGCCCACUGCAGGCGGCAGCAGAAGCAGAAGGUGCCUCCCAAAGGCUCCCCAACCCUGCAGCAGUGGCAGCAGCAGGCCAAAACAAACAUGGGGGGCGGGAGCGUGGAGCAGCGGCCCGGGGUGCCGACCCAGGACUCUCGGAGGCUGGAGGAGGACAGGGCCAGCCACCCUCCCAGGGCCGGGGAGGAAGAUGGGCCUUCGGGGGCCACCUAGGCCACUGGCACCGAGGCCCCCGCCAGCAAGGGCCACAGUCGCACCAGUCCCCUGGGUGAGUCUGAAGGUGGGCAAGGGUCAGCUGCAGGGUGGCGGGAGGCGGGUCAGGGUCUCCUCCCCCCAGCUGGAAGCCCCAGAGUUCGAGGCAGCUGCACCUGCCGGGCGUAGGCCUGGUGAGCCCUGCCUCUGCAGUGACCCGGGGACAGCGCUGCAGACGGACCAUUUUCCCGGGUGUUAGCCCCUGUCACCCUCACGGCCCUGUAGGUAGGUGGUGGUGUCCCCUGUUGAUGAUCAGAGAGCUGAAGUGACUCGAUCCAGGCCCAGCUGAGCUGUCCUCACACCCUCCGUGCUGUGCCGUGCACCCCCUCUGCUGCUGGCCUGUGGGGCAGCCCUGGGUUUAUAACUUGCUGGCAACCUCCCUGUGAUGUGGCCGGCCUCGGCUCUGAUGGUGCUUUGGUCACCGCUGGGUUUGGAAUAGCGCUGGCCUCAGCAGGGCCUCUGAGUGAGGUUGUGCAGGUUGUAGGCUGAACCGGACGCCUGUGGCUGGGCAGUGGGCUCUGGCCUGUGGAUCUGUGAUGGCUGUCCGCCUCCCGGCGCAGAGCCGCCUGGGCUAGGCCUUCACGUCUACCCCGUUUUCUUCCAGGCUUUGCUUUUUCCCAGCAGCCUGCAGAGGCCCCACAGACAUGAGGCCCCUCCUUCUGCUGCCUGGCCAAGCCCUCCCUCCCCCUCCUCCGAAACGCGACCCCGUGCAUGUCGGCAGCCCGCCCUCUGUCCUGGCAAGCCUGGGCCAGAGCGUGAGGGUCCAAGCCUCGAGCCUCUUCCGGGCCAGGCUGAAGGAGCCCGGGGCUUCGCUCUGUAGCUGGUGCAGGAGCUGUGGCUGCUGGGCCUGGGUCACGUGGUGGCGCCAGGCGCGGAAGAAGCCCCGAGGGAGGCCCGCGGGCUACCAGACCCAGCUCUGAGGAGGGGUAGGGGGGUGAUGCCAAGGUUCGGGAGUUGUUGGGGGUCACUUCCUGGGGACCUGGCCCUCUCCCCAGUCCUCUGUGUUUCCUCAGUCCCCUUUGGUGUUUAUACUCAGAAGUGCUCCGUGGGGGGGUGGGGGAGGGGUCCCUCUGCCCAGUGGUGUGUCUGCCCUGCCCCGGCCACCAGCCUGUGGCCUGCGAGUGUCCAGGCUCCCACACUCCUCCCCGGGGGGCCCUUGUUCCCUAGUUCUGGGUGUUCUUUUGUAUCCCUUCGCUCAUACACAGCUGGGCUCCGGGCCUCAGGACCCCCACUGCGCUUCUCAGUGCCCUGCUGCCUGUCCGUGUAGGUGUCUGUGCAGGAAAUAAAGGAUUUGUGU